CUAUACCCUCUUUCCUCUUUUAGCUUCGAUUAAUUAUUUUUUUUUCUUAUAUAUAGUUUCAGCUUGCUCAAGCCACCAAUAACCAUUUCUAUUUUGCUCAUAUUUGCUUUUUCACCUACCUUUUCCUUUUUUGGUGUUAAAAUUUUAUUUUUCUCGAUGGCCAGACAUAGGACUUCUCUCCAUUUGUUGGGCAUUUUUCUGUUUGCUGUAGCAAGCUUGAAGCAAUAUUGUGCUAAUGGAGAACCACAGGUGCCUUGUUAUUUCAUUUUUGGAGACUCCUUGGUGGAUAGUGGCAAUAAUAACAAUCUUGCAACCAACGCUAAAGUCAAUUAUCCACCGUACGGGAUUGACUUCCCGGAGGGUCCGACCGGAAGGUUUUGUAAUGGCAGAACCACUGCUGAUGUAAUUGGUGAACUUUUGGGCUUUGAUAACUUCAUUCCAUCAUUUCUAAGUGCUAAGGGCUCAGAAAUACUCAAAGGUGUAAACUAUGCAUCCGGUUCAGCAGGAAUUCGAAGCGAAACUGGCAAGCAAUUGGGUGUAAACAUCGACUUGAACACCCAGUUGCAGAAUCACCAAGUCACCAUAUCCCACAUAGUUGACUUGCUAGGAAGCAAAGAUUCAGCUACAGAGUACCUAAACAAGUGCUUCUAUUCGGUUGUAAUUGGAAGUAACGACUACAUUAAUAACUAUUUCUUGCCCCAGUUUUACAAUACAAGCAGCCAAUACACUCCGGAGCAAUAUGCAGAAGUUCUUAUGGAACAGUAUUCUCAACAAAUCAUGACUUUGUACGAUUCUGGAGCAAGAAAGGCGGCCUUGACUGGAAUUGGUCCUAUAGGCUGCACACCAGGAGCUACUGCUUCUUAUGACACAGACGGUUCCUUAUGCGUGGACUCGAUGAACCAGGCAGUUAAUCUCUUCAAUAAUCGGCUUAAAUUACUGGUAGAUCAGCUCAACAGUAAUCUAACUGGGGCAAAAUUUGUCUACUUGAACACUUAUGGAAUUGUGUCAGAAUAUGCUGCUUCUCCUGCUUUCCAGAUUAAAAUCGACGGUUGCUGUAAGGUCAAUGAGUAUGGUCUGUGCGUUCCUUACGAAGCUCCAUGUGAACUAAGGAACUUGCACUUGUUCUGGGAUGCUUUCCACCCUAGUGAAAUCGCAAACAAGUUCACUGCAGAAAUAUCAUAUCUAGCUCUGAAGAAAAUCCUUUGAAGCGUAUGAACCAGCUCUAUAGAUGUUCAACACCUAUUUCAGCUGUUGCCGUGGGAAAGAAC